GAGGGGUGAGGUGUCAGUUCCCCAUUGGUCUGGGUCAGGGUUCUGGGGAGGUCCCCACUGCACACACAAGUACAUUUACAUCCCAACCACAGCCCAUGCUCACUGAGCCGGCUCCAGAAACCAUGAGGCUGUCACUGCCACUGCUCCUGCUGCUACUGGGGGCUUGGGCUAUCCCAGGGGGCCUUGGGAAUAGGGCUUCGCUCACAGCCACUGCCCCAGAGCUGGACGAUGAGGAGAAGUAUUCAGCUCAUAUGCCUGCUCACCUUCGCUGUGAUGCCUGCAAGGCGGUGGCCUACCAGAUGUGGCAACAUCUGGCAAAGGCAGAGGCCAAGCUUCACACCCCUGGGGGGCGUCAGGAGCUGAGUGAGUCGGUAUAUACAGACGUCCUGGAACAGAGCUGCUCCCAGACCUGGCAGGACUACGGGGUCCGAGAAGUGAACCAGGUGAAACAUCUCAUGGGCCCAGGACUUAGCCAUGGGCCAGAGCCAAGCGUCAGCGUGAUGAUCACAGGGGGCCCCUGGCCCACCAGGCUCUCCAGGACAUGUUUGCACUACCUGGGGGAGUUUGGAGAAGACCAGAUCUAUGAAGCCCAUCAACAAGGCCAAGGGGCUCUGAAGGCAUUGCUGUGUGGAGGCCCCCGUGGAGUCUGCCCAAAGGAGGCACCAGGCACAAGGGCAGAGCUCUAGUCCAGCUCCUGCUUCCCCUUUGUGGUCAGCCCCUGAAGACAGAGGGAGCUUCUUCGGGAUCUGUCCCCCUCCUUUCUGCAAGGCUGCUGAGGACAAGGAGAACUUGCUCACUAGGCUGCCACUCUCUCCUCCUCCAGCUUUGGGGCACUGGGGCCUGGGCGAGGGGCCAAGGCCUUCCCCUCUGGACUCAAAUAAAACUCAGUGACCUCAA